AUGUCUACUGAAAAGAGUAAAAGAGCAAUUCGACGAGGAAAUCGAGCUUUCGUAACGAAAGUUAUUCAGACGGCAAAUGACGCCAUUGACAAGUUUGGUGGAACUCAGGCGGAGAAAGAUGCGUUAGAGGGUUGUAAAAUCACGUUAAUCGAUAAGAAAGAAUCCAUAAGAAAGCUUGAUGAAGCUAUUCUGAAUGAAAUUGAAGAUGAAGAGAAGAUUAUGAAAGAUAUAUUUCAGGCUGGCGAAGUGGGUGAGUCGAUCAAUAAAAUGCUUGUUAAAAUUGACAAUGUUUUGAAGACAGUUGAAGCGAGCAAUGUGUCCUCGCCAAGGGGACUGGGUACAACCAUGCCUAGCGUAAGUUAGCCAAUGAACCCCUCAUCAGCCAGAGCAAAAUUACCAAAACUGUCCUUGAAGAAAUUUGCUGGAAAUCCUACUGAUUGGCAAUCAUUUAACGAUAGCUAUAAAGCUGCUGUUCAUGAUCACACUAAUGACAGUUUAUCUAAAGUUGACAAAUUCAACUACUUGAAAAGUCUGGUGGAGGGUCCGGCAGCUGCAGCAAUUGCAGGGUUUUCGUUAACUGAUGAAAACUAUAAGACUGCUUUUAAACUUUUGGAAGAGAGAUUUGCAAAUCCACAAAUUAUAGUUUCCAGUCAUGUUGAAGCCCUAUUGAAGUUGGAACCUGUUUCUAAUAUACAUGAAAUUGUCAAGAUUCGAAAGCUGUAUGACAGUAUUGAAACGCAUAUUCGUAGUCUAGCGAAUUUGAACAUAGAAAGUGAAACAUAUGGGACUCUUCUGAUUCCAAUGAUUCUUGCUAAACUUCCAGAGGAAAUGCAGUUGUUGAUAAGUCGGAAGGUUGGCAAGGAUAAUUGGAAAUUAGAUGAGCUACUUAAGGAAUUUAGAAUUGAGUUAGAGGCUCGAGAAAGGUGCUUGUUGUUACAAAGCACUACAGAGAAAAAGGACGGCACCAGGAGAAAAUAUGAGCCUAGUACAUCAUCAGCACUUUUCACGGGAAGUGACAAUCGUUCAAUUCAGAAAUGUACGUACUGUGGGGAACAACAUUUAUCAUCACGGUGUAAUAUAAUUACAGAUAUUUCAGCACGUAGAGCUAUUCUCCGAAAAAAGGGACGGUGUUUUGCAUGUUUGAAGUCUGGUCAUGUAGUCAGACAUUGUCCUUCCAAGUUUAAAUGCCCGAAGUGUGGAAAUAAUCAUCACAUUUCUCUUUGUGAAGGUAUAAAACCAAGGGAGGACCCUACCAAACCCAACCAGAAUCAAAAUCAACAACCACCCUUUCAGUCCAAGGGAAAUGAAGCAUCAACUAAUGUUUGUGCAAACAGCAAUGUCUCGGUGCUUUUGCAAACUGCAAAGGCUAUGGUGGGAAACCCUAAUAUCCCCCAACAGCAGAAAUUGCAAUCGAGAAUUGUUUUCGAUUCCUGCAGUCAGAGAUCUUAUAUAUCAAAUCGGCUGAAGAAUUCAUUGGGUGUCCAACCUGUUAAUAAGCAAUCCCUUUUGGUUAAAACUUUUGGCAAUGACUCCCCAAAAUUGAUGUUGUGUGAUCUAGUCCAAGUCUCUAUUACAGCCACUGAUGGCUUGGAAUUGUAUGUCAAUGCCUUUAGUGUCCCUGUAAUAUGUAGUCCGAUUUCGAACCAAGCAGUAGAAGUAGCAGUGGAGAAAUACCCGCAUUUAAAUGGAUUAGACUUAGCAGAUAACAGUAGUCCUUCUAUUGAAGUCGACAUUGACAUUCUAAUUGGAGCUGACUUCUAUUGGAACUUUGUGUCUAAUGAGUCAAAAAGAGGUGAAGGACGUGGACCUGUUGCCCUGUCAACUAGGCUAGGGUGGGUUUUGUCUGGCCCCAUUGAUAACCUUAGUGAAGAAUCUAGUUCCACAACCAACUUCGCUGCAACUCAUGUAUUACGGAUUGAUGCUACCCCAGUUCAGGAUAACCAAAACCCGAACAUGACUGAGCAACUUAAAAAAUUUUGGGAAUUAGAGUCUAUAGGCAUUCGGGAUGACGAAAGUUCAGUCUAUGACAAGUUUGUUGAAGACGUUAGAUUUAAUGGGGAGAGGUAUGAAGCAAAAUUACCCUUUAAAGAGCACCAUCCCACCCUCCCUGAUAACCAUGCUGUUAGUGUAAAAAGAUUAGGAAGAUUAGUUCAUCGACUCCAAGAUCAACCUGCUCUUCUUACUGAAUAUGAUAAGAUAAUUCAAGACCAAGUCCGGAAGGGAAUUGUAGAACCUGUUGACCCACAAGUUAUCCCAAAGGCUGGAAAUGUACACUACCUACCCCACAGAGAAGUUGUGAGAGCUGACAAAGACACUACGAAAGUUAGAGUGGUUUACGACGCGUCAGCUAAGACAACAAGACCUAGUUUAAAUGAAUGUUUGUAUACUGGACCUUCUCUAACCCCACUGAUUUUCGACAUCUUGCUGCGUUUCCGUGUCCACUCGGUUGCCAUGACAGCUGAUAUAGAGAAAGCCUUUUUGAACGUUGCAGUCGCGGAGGAACAUCGUGACUUUCUUAGAUUUUUAUGGUUAAAUGACCCCUACAGCAGCAGCCCAAGCGUUAUACACCUCAGAUUCGCCAGAGUUGUGUUUGGAGUUACGUCAAGUCCGUUCAUUUUAAACGCUACCAUUCGUCAUCAUGUUAAUCAAUAUCUGCUGAAUGAUCCAGAGUUUGUCUAGGAGCUUUUGCGAUCCCUCUACGUCGAUGACUAUGCAUCUGGUUGCGAGAGUAUACCUAGAGCGUUAGACCUAGCAAGAAAGAUUAAAUAUCGACUUUCGACAGGAGGUUUCAACAUGCGUAAAUGGCAGACUAAUUCACCAGAACUUAAGCAAGUGUUCCAAGUAGAUCCCGAUUUCGCUGAAGAUAUUCCUAGCCCUACUGCAGAUCCUUUACCAACUAUGAACGAAGAAGGUUGUGGUUACACAAAAUCAGCUCUUGGUGGCCAGAAUGAUGUGAACAGUAAAGUCCGUGGUCAAACGUGGAAUGUCCUGAAUGACGAGUUUGAAAUUAAUUUAGCCAAUGUUGUAGCUGGUUAUGAUCCAAAGAGUUGUAUAAAGCGAAUUGUGUUGAGCAUUACAGCAAAGUUUUAUGACCCCCUGGGGCUGAUAUCACCUGUUAUUCUUCAAUUAAAGCUGUUGUUCCAAGAAUUGUGCAAGAGUAACGUUGAGUGGGAUGAACAAUUGAGCGGACAGUUUUGUAAAGUAUGGGAAACAAUAUUCUCCAAACUUGAGGAACGCCAAAGUGAUUUCUAUUCCACGCUGUUACUUUCAAGAAACACGAACAGGGUUAAUCGAGUUGCAUGCAUUUUCCGAUGCAAGCGAGUCGUCGUAUGGUGCUUGCGUGUAUAUCUUAUACGAGCAUGAAGCAGGAGUUAAAUGCAAUUUAGUCGCCUCUAAAACAAGAGUAGCACCCAUGAGUGAACAGUCGAUACCACGUCUUGAAUUGCUUGGAUGUUUAAUUAAUCUCGGCACGAUUAGUUGAUAACAUUCGUAAGGCAUUACAAGACGUCUUAAAGAUCCAUGCUAUUUUCUUCUGGUCCGAUUCAACGGUUGCACUAAGCUGGAUAAGGAGUGUGUGUAAAGAGUACAAACAGUUUGUAGAAAAUAGAGUUCAGGAAAUUCGAAGAUUGACAGAUCCAAAGGAUUGGAGAUAUUGCCCAACAAAAGACAAUCCAGCAGAUAUUGCCUCAAGGGGAGAAUCAGUAUCGAAGCUCGCGGCGGAUGAUAAUUGGUGGUAUGGUCCUACCUUUUUACUAAAUCCCAAGGAUUCGUGGCCUGUACAGCCGUCGCACGGGGAAGAAAGCAAGAAUACGUGGCAAGAGUUGAAGACAUCCAAACAGACUGUGAUGGCGGCGGUCGUUCAUACUGAUGUACAACCAGAGCACAGUAUAGAGAACUUGCUAAAGCCUUCGAAGUAUAGUAAGUUAGAAACUUUACUUCGUGUAACAGCCUAUGUGCAGAGAUUCGUUGACAAUGUAAAACGAAGUUUGAAAG